GGAGGGAGGGAAGGAGGGAGAAGGAGGAGAGAGAGGGAGAGAGCAGAUCUAUGAGAAGAGGAGGGGGGGUGUUGCAUGCUCACAGAGUGUGACAGAGAUAGAGCGAUUCCAUGAGCGAGAAAGAGACACAGAGAAAGAGAGGGAGAGCACAAAGCAGAGAUGCGGAGCGAGCGCUGAGAUAGAGGUAGUUGGCAAGACUGAGAUCUGCACACAAACGUGAGCAAAGGAGGGGAAGGAGGAAGAGAGUGGAGGUUGAAGGAGAGCAGGAGGAGGGGGAGAGGGGGAUGCAAGAUGAUGGAGCCCAGAAAUAGGCUUCACAGGACAGCUUUUCAUCCCCGCUCUCUGCGGCAGACAUGACUCUGGGCAUUGGACUGUGCUGAAAUUAGCCAGGGGGACAACACAGGACAGCAGGUCUGCAGCACACUGCCUCGGUUCAGCCUCACUGGAUGCAGCACGGCAGCUGAUUUAUUACUGAGGGGCUGGGUGGCAGCGUGUUUGUGUGUGUGGCUCUGAGAGUGUGUGUAUGUGUGUGUGUAUGCAGGUUUUUAUGGGUCCUUGUAGCACUCGGAGCUGUGGGAGCGACCAUUCCUCCAGUCGUAAAAUGACAUUCAGCAGGCAGGGGCUUUGUGUGCUGGUGUGGAUCUGCAGUCAGUAGGAAGUGGGAGAGUGGGAUCCAGAGCUGUCAUCGAGUGCAAGUGUGUGUUUACAGUGCUGUUCGCUGAGGUGAGCCAAGGAGGAUCGGCUAUAUGCAGUGUGUGUGUGUUUAGGUUAGAGUAGCAAGGGUGCAGCAAAGGCAAAGAUCCUACACAAUGCAAGGGCGAGCGCAGAACAGCACUGAUGGCAGGGAGUGCAGGUAAAGUACAAGGAGUGCCCUGGGGGUAGGGUGGAGGACGAAGGCAGGGGCACGGGUAGAAGGAGGCAGAGGAGAAAAGAGCAAGGGGACAGAGAGAGAGAGGCAAGUGGAAAAGAGAGGGCGAUCAUGGCUGUCAUACAGUGAGCUAUAGCAUAUGCUGUAGCGCAGAACAGAGUGGUGCGGCAGGGGGAGGACAAGCAUCACCACACAGGGGAGGGGGAGAAGGCAAGAGACUGAGGAAAAGAGGAGGGGGAGGCAAUCAGCUCAACACCUCUCCUCCACCAGGAGGAGAAGCGCAGCGGGACAGGCCCAGGAGAAGACACUUACUCUCACACACACACAGUCAAAGACGCACUGACGAGCGGCCAGGUCAACGUGUAGAGGUCAAAAGGGAGCCGGUGCGGGGACGGGGGUUGGGUGAACCCCUGUUGACCGGCAGGUCCCCAAGAGCACGGGCCGGUCCUGGGAAGAAGUAGGAGCCUGCUGGUGAAAGAGGGGUCAGCUCCUCAAGCCCUGUUUCGUCUGACAGCCCUGCCACCUCUCCAUCACCAUGGGAGAAUGGACCAUUUUGGAGAGGCUGCUGGAGGCGGCUGUCCAGCAGCACUCUACCAUGAUUGGGAGGUGGCCAGAAAAAGGAGACCAAAGGGAUGUCCGUGUUGCUCUGUUUCUGCUGGAUUUGAUCCUGCUGACAGUGGUGGUGAUUUUCCGUAUCCUAAUAGUGGGCAUAGUGGGAGAGAAGGUGUAUGAAGAUGAGCAAAUCAUGUUCAUCUGUAACACCAUGCAGCCUGGCUGUAACCAGGCUUGUUAUGACAAGGCGUUCCCCAUAUCGCACAUCCGCUACUGGGUCUUUCAGAUCAUCUUGGUGUGUACGCCGAGCCUGUGCUUCAUCACAUAUUCUGUUCACCAAUCUGCUAAAGCACGUGACAGAAGCUACUCUCUCCUGCAUCCUUACAUGGAUCACCAUGGUCACGGUCAUCACGGCCGCAGCCACCACGACCAUCACGCUCGCAAGCUUCACUCUCGCAACAUUAAUGGCAUCCUGGUGCACCCUGAUAGCAGUAAGGAGGAUCAUGACUGCCUGGAGGUCAAAGAGAUCCCAAACGGACCCCGAGGACUCCCUCCAACACACAAGAGUGCCAAAGUGCGACGGCAAGAAGGUAUCUCUCGUUUCUAUGUCAUCCAGGUGGUGUUCCGCAACGCGCUGGAGAUCGGCUUCUUGGCCGGCCAGUACUUCCUGUACGGCUUCAACGUGCCAGGGAUGUUUGAGUGUGAUCGCUACCCAUGCGUGAAAGAGGUGGAGUGUUACGUGUCUCGUCCCACAGAAAAGACCGUGUUUCUGGUCUUUAUGUUUGCAGUAAGCGGCAUAUGUGUGCUGCUCAACCUGGCUGAGCUCAACCAUCUUGGCUGGAGGAAGAUAAAGACGGCCAUCCGAGGGGUGCAGGCCCGAAGGAAGUCCAUCUGUGAAGUUCGCAAGAAGGAUGUUUCACACCUGUCCCAGGCCCCAAACCUGGGCAGGACCCAGUCUAGUGAGUCAGCCUACGUCUGACAGAGGCUUCUCUGCCUGGGGGCUCGAGGACCUCUUACAUUUUGGAGAAGAGCUUUUCCCUGGCCCAGGACACUGAAUCAUUAGGGCACAAAACUCACCACUGCAUUAUUAUUCAGGAGCACAGAAAGACUCUGUGUAGUCAUGAUGAAACAUCAGUUCACAAAGUAGAGUCUUUGACACUUCAAGAGAGAAGCAUCACCCUCCUGAAGAGGCAACUGUCUCACUGUAACAAAGCUUACACCUAAAGCUUACACAAUGGAGAGUUCUGCUCUGCCUAGGUGACACUAGGUGCCUUCAAAGAACCCAACAGAUAAAACUGAGCAGUUACUAAUGUUAUUAAAAUACUGUAAAGAUAGUCUGAGGUUGAAAUAUCUGAAGUUCCUUAUUAUUUGCCUUUGCUGUAGGUCAAAAAUAAUCCCCUCAUUUUUCAAUUAUGUGUGCAUAUGCAAGAGCUUAAGCGUGUGCAUGCAUACGCAUGUGUGUGGGAAAAAAAGCCAAUGUCUGACUUAAGUCAGAAAAUUGAAUGCUAAACUAAUCUGAGCUACUGAGAGAGAGAUGUUAUUUUGCAUUGUCCAUGAUCUUUUAGUGAGGUCACUCAGCGGACAAACAAGCACUUUUUUAAACAUGUUCUAAGACAUACAAAGUCCAACGUAACAACCAACAGCACUAAGACUAUCAGCAGAAACUGGAACACUAUUUGUUGUCAGAGUAGCGGGGUUUUUUUCUUAAAAAUUGUCACUCUUCUUUGUAUGCAUUGUUUCAUUAGGUGCCAAUCACACGGCAGACUGACAUUGCCCGGGAGCUUUUGUUCAAAGUGAGACACAUGGUGCAUUGAAGAUGAGUUAGGUUUACUUUCCAACACUGUGUCACACACCACAAUGCUCCCGAUGCCUGCAAGGCAUGCUGUUUACUCUCAGAACUAACUGAAAACAGUCAAGAAAAGUGUGCCAGUGUUUCCACUUUGUAAAGUGUGAUCACUGUCUUAAGGGGCUGAACUAUAUAAAGAGUUUUUCAGUGAGACAUGAAAAAGUAUUGUAGUCACAAAUAUUUUAACUUGUAACCUCAAGCUUUUUUUCACAAGCAGAUUUGGUGCCAUAUUUCAAAGUUACUGUACAUAGAUGAAAUGUAAUAAUUACACUUAGCCUUUUCCCUAUGCGGUGUAGAUGGGCUUCACUUGGAUGGGGGAACAGGGGUUUGGGUGGUUAUGAAGAUUAAUCAUAGAUUGCCAGCUUUAACAAUAUGUAUUAUUAAUGUGCCCUUUGUUAAGCCUUCGCCCUCUAUUGGAGACUAUAUGUCCCGAACCCCCCCCCCCCCCCCC